AUGCGACUAACUUCUUUGUCGCAUUCGGUCGGCGGCCAGCACGCGCUCAUCGCGGAUCAGCGCUCGUCCUCGGCCUUGGUACACAUCGUAGCGUCGUCCGAGAUGUUCGCGUCUGGAUCAGGUGGCUUCGACCUUGACGCAUGCUCUUGCCGGCAAACGUGCGAAGCGUCACGAGAGCACGCCAUCUCGUUUUCGAUUUCGUGGCGUGAGGGCAUCUGUGCGAGCAAACGAGGCCUCAAAGCUCGCCACGGUGCUUUUCAAGGGGUCGAUGCGCCGGCGUCUUCAGCCUUGCGCUUGGUCGAUGACGGCGUCAGCGUCGGAUACGCCAUCGUUCCGAAAAGUCGUCCAGAGCUUCGCUGA